UCUCUCUCUGGCCAUACAUUGGGAGAAUAUAUAUUUCACCAUUGGAGGCACGUCAGGUUAUGAAAGGAGGACUGUAAGUGCUGUUGGCAGGAAGCAAAAGGGGGGAGGUGACAGACGGCAACAGAGAACGGGGACACCAGAGAGAGGCUCUCACUUCAACCACAGCUGACACACUAAAAAUCUCUACGAACUGCACCGCAGGACAUGACUUCAUUACAAGCUGGACGAAGAGCUCUUUCUCUUUCUGUCAAUGUGAUAAUGGCCUCCACUACUUUUAUAAAGGAGACAGCAGGCUGCACAGGCAUCCUGCAACUCCUCCUGUUAGGACUACUUCUUCCAUCAGUAUUAGUGUCAGGCCAAGAGUCCACUACUUGGAUGUCCAACUCCACAUCAACCACCAGUACCAACACCAGCCAGGCACCCUCCAACAUGACCGCUGGAACCACAGCAAAUCUCACAACUACCCAGUCCCCCACCACCUCUGAAAGCACCAUCAUCCAGCCCUCCAGCUCUACCACAUCUGGACCUGCAUCAACCUCAACCACCAUCCAGUCUCCUUCAACAGUCAGCAGCAACACAGAGACCCCUGUCACCGAGUCUGCCACCUCCACCACCUCUGGAGGUACAGCAAUUUCCACAAUCACCCAGUCUCUCACAACCACAGCAACCUCCGGGGGCUCAACAUCCACCACUGUCACCCAGUCGCCCACCACCAUAACCACCUCCGGAGGCCCAGCAAUCUCUACUCUCACCCAGUCCCCCACAACUACCUCUGGAGGCAUUACAUCCACCACAACCACCUCUGGAGACAUGACCCAGUCAAGCUCCAACAUGACCUCAAUGAUGUCCCCCAGUCCGUCAUCAAACUCCACUGAAAUGCCUAAUAAGAAUGAAACCUUGACGAUAUACUGCCCCUCAUUCACCUGUAACUACUCCGACUGCUAUACAAUGUACACCAGUCAGAAUGUCACUUUAUGUGCUGCUGGUGUCUGCUAUUGUCAGCUGAUUAGACGGACAGACAUGUGGUAUGCUGUUAGCUGCAGCGUCUCCUGUGCUGAGAGUUGCGUCAACGUCUCUCAGACCAACUGCUCUGUGAAUUGCUGCAAUUCUACUGGAUGCCUCAAUAGCAGCUUUGAAUCCAUGACCAUGACACCCACAGUAAUCUCAACCACAACGACAAUGGCAGCAACAGCAGCACCACCUACCACUCAGCAAACCAACAAUGGAAACAAAUGUCGUAGCGGUACAUGUACCGGUAACGAAUGCUACAAGGAUUUUGUAACUCAAACGGCACAAAUGUGCUCCUCCUCACAGCCACACUGUCAGCUGAAAAAGGAGUCUGUGGACUCUAACAUGAAGUGGACAGCAGGUUGCACCACCAACUGUUCUAGUCAAACCCCAUGCAAGAUCUCCACACAACCUCCAUGCCAUCUAGAGUGCUGCAACGCCACAACGACCUCCUGCCUCUGGUUGAACGGUACACUGCAUGUCCCCAAUUUGUCCACCAGAGGUCCUCAUCAUCACACAGAAUUGAUUGCUUCUUCACUUUGCCUGCUCGCCAUCACUUUGCUCAUGUGAGUGACUGAAUGGGAGGAGCUUGGUCAGCUGCCCUGUGGGUCACUAGGUAAUCAGAUUUCUCAGCCCCUCCAGGUAAAGAAAAUAAUAACGCUUAGCUGUGCAGAAGUUAACACUAUUACACCAAUUUAUCUCAUCAAUAUUCAUAUGUAAUUGUAAUGUAUAUGUAUGGGAUUAAGUAACUCCUCGGUUACAAUGUUGACUUCACUUGUUUUUUAUUAAAAUGUCCCAUUCUUUGGUUCGAGACCAUCAAAAAUGUCUCUGAACAGUAUUUCUAAAUUUAAAAACUAUAUCAAUUUAGCGAAUCAAGAAAAAGCAUGCCAGAUGCAACUCAGCCUUGAAAUCCCUUUUUAUAAUGAACAAAAUGAUAUAUUAAAAAUAAAUAUGCUUCUCAGUUCAUUUUUAAGAAAUAAUGUAAGACAGCCAAAGAUUCACGAUUUGUUUGAGCCAUGAACUUGCCUGUAAUUGAACUUGCCAAAUGAUGCUGUUUCUCUUUAAACUGAUUGUAAAAACAUUUCGAUUUUGGAUGGGUGAGUGAGCCAAAAUACAAUACUUUAUGUUGACAUGGUAAUAAAUGUUUUAAUUCCAAAACCUGUCCGUAGAUAAUCAUCUCUUUAAGCCAUUGUGAGAGUGACGCAGCUAUGACUCUAUAUGCACUUUAUGAAACACAAAUAUUAAUCUGUUACAGGGUGUUGUGAAGGUUUGCUUAAGCAUUUCUGUAAAUGUAACUAUAAUGUAAUGUGCAAUUUAGUACUUUUGGCUACUCUUUGUCGAAUAUAUUUUGUGAAUAGGGAUUUGGAUAUCUGUAUGGUUUACGAAGUAUAAUGGGUCAUGUAAAUGAAAUCAGAAUUGUUACAAUUUAUUCUAGUUUUGUGAUAAAAUUAAUCUAAUAAACUGUCAGAUGAAUCUUCAGUUGAUUAAGUCACAUAUUUCAUUGAGUGCGGUGUAAGGUGACUUUUCUGGGGAGCCUAAUAGCGGUAAAAG